AUGGAUUGGAACCUGCGGUCUUACAAUCGGGACAUGGUCAUGGCCAAGGGUAUCUUCUUCGACGAAACCAUUCAUGACAUGUCCCAUCCUUCAGAGCAUGCAUCUCCGCCGCAUGUCAGGACUCUGCACAGCGCCAUGCUCGAUUUCUCUUGGCUGGAUCCCGAAGAGGAAGAUUUGGCGGCCAGCCUGGAAGAGAAAAGAGCACAUGAAGCAGUUUGCGAUGCAGCUAACAAUGCUGCCUAUCUUUCUGGCUCUAGCUACAAAGAAAGAAGAUGGCAGAACUUUUUCGAGACACACUUCUUCCACCCACUUGAGCGUGGAACAUCCGUCGCGAAAGACGACUGUCGAAGAGAAGCGGACGAGUUGUGGACCUUUUUCAGGACGGAGCCUCGUGAGAUCGACUACUACAAACUGCCCAAGCCUGACUACGCCUGCUUUCUGCCCCUUUACCAUUUGGAGGUGAUGCUUCCUAAGAUAGCCGAGCCAAAGGCAAGACAAUGGAACAGGCAUCUACAUCACAAUCUCGGGGAGCCCUUUUCGUGGUCUUGUCUGAGGCAACUUGCAAGCAAAGGCCUCCGGCCUACUCCGUUCAGGGAUAUGCCAGAAAACCCCGAGGAUUCUAACUUGAAGGGCUUCCCUUGGCUUAUUGUCGAGCAUAAGAAGGAGAACGAAGAUGAGGAGCAGGUGGCUUCUCAGGCAGCGAAUGGCAGCGCAUGUGCCGUUGGGCUGAAUCGCAUCACGGCCAAAUACGAGCUUCAACUGCCGCGCCAUGCACAGGUUCCUCCGAUUCCAGUGGUCACAACUGUCGGAUCAAAGGUCAAGGUUUGGAUCACAUACUUUGGGACUGACCUCAAAGUGCGUGUCCGUGAGUCAAGAGAUUCACCCCUGGCAUGGGCCAGUGAGAAGACCGGCUAUGUGAUGAAGGCUAUCUGGGAAGGUGACAUGCAAAACAGAGGAGACGUCAUCAGAUUUCAAGCCAUACUUGAAAACACUCACACGUGGGCCAUGAGGGUUUUCAAGCCACUCAUCGCUUCUUACAUAGGCCAAUGGAGGCGGGUGUUUCAUGACUCUAGCGAAGCGGCCGAGGACGACUCGAGACUUGAGCAGCAACUGGUCAUCGAAAGUCACCGCCGAAUAAUGAAUACGGUGCAAGCUCUCUCUAGCGCUUGUCCCGAGGCUAACGUUGAUAAGGCCAGCGAGACCCGCAUCACACCUAUGAUGAUGGCACUGCUCUUUGACAGGAUGCUAAGCUCUGCUACGGAAGCAGCUACUAAGGAUCUCAAUCGUCAUCUAGCCCAAAGUCUAUCAUAUUCAAUAUCAAGGGGUGCAUCUGUUCAUCGUGGCUUUCCAUUCGGCCCUACAUCCAUGUUCGGGGCUCAAGGGUUGACCCCCGUGCAGCUGGACUCUGUCAGCCCAGAUGCCCAUACAUACAGCCAGACGGCCGCCCAAGCCAGUGCGGGAUACUCAUGGACAGUCGCUACUUCGGCCUCAGCCGGCAAGGACGACUCCAGUGACUUGGACUACAUAUACGAGAGCUCGAAGGAUAGUUCACAAUACACCCGUGACUUGUCCUCCACGUCAGACGAUUCCCAGCCCAGCGAGUCUUCUACUCCCAGGGGCUCCCCGUCCAAGGCGCCUACUCCCAAUACACCUGCUUCCCAGACCUCGGGGUCGGCCCGAUCAUCUUCAAAGUUACGGGAUGUGGUAUCAUUGCCAGUCGACCGCCAGGCGAUCCCCGAGACGCGCCGCUGCACUCCGGAUUCACAGGCAGUGCGUGCCGAGCGAGAGCCACCUUUUGAACAGCCACCGAGGUGCCCUACACCUAGCCGUUCCAACGAUAUCAGCAUGGUACGUGGCCUGCCUGGAAAUACCAAACGAAAGAAGUAA